GUGAAUUGUGAUAAUUUGUUGAUAAAAGUUCAUUGGAAAAAUGGAUAAAACAUUUACAGACUGCCAUCAACACAUCGGACAGUAUAACAAGCCUCCACAAAAUGAGGUGGAGUCCUAUUUCUCGUAUCCAGCACCUCCAAAUAUGGCCUUCUCACCAACCACAAAUUUUGUUGAUAUUUACAAUAUUUCCACACAAAAUGUUGAACGAAGCCAGCAGCACAACAAUUAUUUCGCUUCGAGCAACACUUACCAAGACCAGAUGGACAUGGUGAAUUGGGAAAACAGAAUAAUUCCAGAUGCCCAGAAAGUUGUGAAAAUGGCAGAGAAACCAGCAGAUAUGGUUGAGGUCACUAGUUGUAAAGAAUUGAGCCCAACUGCCUACUGUAAUAGUGUCGAUAACAUGUUAGACUGCUACAAAUCCACUUCAAAGGAACCAUACUAUGAAAACCAAUGGUGCCCUAGUCAAAUUAUCCCAAAUAACUAUGAGAAAAACUUGGAUUUGCCAUCUUGUGCUCAGCUGGACAAAUCAUCAAAGUACUGUAGCAUUGAGAAAACACAAGACACAAAUGUAACUAUGAAAAGCUGUAGUUAUAACUCAGAUAAUAAUUUUCCAGAAAACACAAACAAUUUUUAUAAGAGUACAUCAGGUUACAAAACUGAUAUCUGGACAGACUAUUUUGCAUACAAUUAUUGUGAUAAAUAUCAGGAUAACCAGUCACUCAUUCCAAAUGUAAAUUUCUUCAAUACCUCAACUACUAUUCCUUUUGCACCUGUUAUAAAUCCUAUUGACCAUCAAACUGAAGAUUCAAAUGAAGAAAGUGAUAUCAUUGUGGAAGAAUCUGAUGAUGAAAUAACUGAUUAUAGUGAGGACCUUGAUAGAAGACAGUACUUUCAGAUGAAUAAGUGUCUUGUUUGUAAUUUAAUUUAUACCCCUUUGGGAACACAAUUUUACUAUUUAACUUCUGAGAGUCCUCUAACAAUGUCCAGUCAAAAACCAGUACUCAAUAAGAUAACUGAAGUUGUGGGGAGUAUCAGCACAGCAAGAAAUUAUAUUUGUAGUGAAUGCUUAGGGCUUAUCAAUAGUAUAGAUCACUUACAAUUGAAAUUAGAUAAUUUUAAUGCAGAGUUUUUAACAAAAUAUGGGAGCACUUGUAAGGAAAAUGGUAUUGUUCAAGUGAAGCCAUUGCAGGAAAAAAAGUCAGUCAAAAAAAGACAUAUUGGUUUCCAAAAAUACAAAUGUAAAUUGUGCAAGAAGGUAAUAUGCUUGAAAAAGAUGUGUUUACACCAUCUCCAAACUCACAAAAUUCAAGGUUACCUUUGUGAGCAUUGUGGUAAAAAAUCACUGACUAAAAAAAAGUUUUUUCACCAUCUCAGAACCCACAAGAAAAAACCGUCUAUUAAAAUAGAUGCUUUCAAAUGCAAAACUUGUGAUAAAAUAUUCCGCACGUCUUCUAAUUUGAAAGAACAUGAAAACUUCUGUUCAGGAACACUCCCUUACAAUUGUAAAUUUCACUACUGUGACAAAAAAUUUGCCUCAGCUACCAAACUAAAGAACCAUGUGAAGCUAAAACAUGACAAAAAAUUCAUAGCUAUCUGCUCGAUUUGUAACAUCGGAUUCAUCAAAGUUUCUGACUAUAAAAGUCACAUGACCAGCCACAGCACAGACAAAAAGCACAAAUGCUCCAAAUGUAACAAAAGCUACAAAACGCUAAGCAACCUGAACUUCCACAUGAAAGUCCAUGAAAAAAAUAUGCCGUAUUUGUGCCCCCUUUGCAGUAAGGGCUUCAUGCGUAAGGAAUACUUGGAAGCCCACGUGAACAAGCACAGGGGAAUAAAAAACUAUAGCUGUACAGUGUGCGCGAAAAAAUUCGCUUCCCAGAAAAAUUUGGACGCUCACUUGAAAUACCACGAAGGGACAGUGAAAAAGUACACUUGUAACGUGUGCGGAAAAGUUAUGACUGGUGGUUUUGAGGAGCACCUCAGAACUCACAGUAAUCUCAAGGAGUUCGAGUGUGACAGGUGUGAGAUGAAGUUCAAUACUAAAGGAACUUUGUAUAAGCACGUUAAAAGGAAGCAUGUUGAAGUUAAACAGGCCGAGAAUGAUUUGAAUAAAUGAUUGAUUUCG